GCCGAACGUAGCCGGACUGAGCCGAACCGAGCCGGGUGGAGCCGAACCGCUCCAGGCUGAGCCAAGCGGAGCCGAGCUGGGUUGAGCCGAGCGGAGCCACUCCCGCGCCCCGCGGUGCGGUGCCGCCGCCGGAGCUGUCCAGCCGCCUCCCGCAGCCCCAGCCAGCCCCGCCAUGCGGGAGCGAUGAGAGCAGCGCCCGCAGACGCAGCCCGGCAAUGGAGGAUGAUUUAUUCCAGCUCAGACAGCUGCCGGUGGUCAAGUUCCGCCGCACUGGGGAGAGUUCGAGGUCGGAUGAGGAUGUCAUUUCGGGAGAACAUGAAAUCCACAUUGAGGGUGUUCGGACGCAGCUAGAGCCGAUCGAGCUGGAGGAUGGAGCUGCAGUGCCAAAGGAAUUUGCCAACCCGACUGAUGAUACUUUCUUGGUGGAAGAUGCGGUGGAAGCCAUUGGCUUUGGAAAGUUCCAGUGGAAGCUCUCUGUUAUUACUGGAUUAGCAUGGAUGGCAGAUGCUAUGGAAAUGAUGAUUUUAAGUAUCCUAGCUCCUCAGCUUCAUUGUGAGUGGCGAUUACCGAGCUGGCAGGUUGCAUUGCUCACAUCGGUGGUGUUUGUGGGAAUGAUGUCCAGCUCCACCCUCUGGGGAAACAUCUCAGACCAGUAUGGGAGGAAAACAGGCCUGAAGAUCAGCGUCUUAUGGACACUGUACUAUGGGAUCCUCAGCGGUUUCGCCCCGGUGUACAGCUGGAUCCUGGUGCUGCGGGGCCUGGUGGGCUUUGGGAUUGGAGGAGUGCCUCAGUCGGUAACCUUAUAUGCUGAAUUCCUUCCAAUGAAAGCCAGAGCAAAAUGCAUUUUGCUAAUAGAGGUCUUUUGGGCCAUUGGAACUGUGUUUGAAGUCCUCCUAGCAGUGGUGGUGAUGCCCACGCUUGGCUGGCGCUGGCUUCUCGUCCUUUCUGCCCUCCCUCUUCUGCUCUUCGCUGUCCUGUGUUUUUGGCUGCCAGAAAGUGCCCGGUAUGAUGUGUUAUCUGGAAAUCAAGAGAAAGCAAUUGCCACUUUAAAGCGGAUAGCAACGGAAAACGGAGCCCCGAUGCCUUUGGGAAAACUAAUUAUUUCCAGGCAGGAAGACCGAGGGAAAAUGAGGGACCUUUUUACACCCCAUUUUAGAUGGACCACGUUGUUACUCUGGUUUAUAUGGUUUUCCAAUGCUUUUUCAUAUUAUGGGUUAGUUUUAUUAACUACAGAGUUCUUCCAAGCAGGAGACGUCUGCAGCAUAUCCAGUAAAAGGAAAGAAGUUAAGGCCAAGUGCAGCCUGACCUGUGAGUACCUGACAGAGGAGGACUACACUGACCUGCUCUGGACAACCCUGUCCGAAUUCCCUGGUGUGUUAGUGACACUAUGGAUCAUUGAUCGGAUAGGCCGCAAGAAAACCAUGGCCCUGUCCUUUGUUGUCUUCUCGCUUUGCAGCCUGCUGCUGUUUCUCUGCGUUGGAAGGAACGUUCUUACUGUGCUGCUCUUCAUUGCAAGAGCUUUUAUUUCAGGAGGAUUUCAGGCUGCUUAUGUUUACACCCCGGAGGUUUAUCCAACAGCCACGCGCGCGCUGGGGCUGGGAACAUGCAGUGGAAUGGCCCGAGUGGGAGCCCUCAUAACCCCCUUCAUUGCACAGGUGAUGUUGGAAUCUUCAGUCUAUUUAACACUGGUGGUUUACAGUGGAUGCUGCCUGUUGGCCGCUGUGGCUUCCUGCUUCUUGCCCAUUGAAACCAAAGGCCGUGGCUUACAGGAGUCCAGCCAGAGGGAAUGGGGACAGGAGAUGGUUGGGAGAGGAUCUCAAUCGCCAGGGGUCACCAGGUCUAACUCUGGAUCACAGGAAUGAUGGGACACGGAAACCUGCUGGAGGAAUGAAUGAUCUGAGCAAGUUCUUUCACACAAACCCAACCCUGAAGCCUAGGAAGCUGACCAUCCUGUCACUGCCAAUGUCGUGUGUCAAACUGCAGGAACCUUGGGGUUCAGCCCAAGGCAGUUGUGUCUCUGCUGCCCUUUGCUCACGCUCAUAAAGACUUUACUUCACUAUGGAGAGGCGUUUGAUCCAGAUAUCAUUUGAAGUUUAGCAGGAAGGGGGUUUCUUAAGUCUGUUGUGCUUGCAUGGUCAGCUCUUCAGCUUACAUGUCCCGUGUCAAGCAAAUAGCCAACUGAAUGCAACUCAGUAUAAACUGUAAUUAAAAUCAUGCACUCUUGAUGCCUAAAAACCAAAAGGUUAAUAUUUAUUGUGUCCCUGCCAUAGCACACGGUGCAUUCCAUACAAUACAGAGUAGGUUUUAUGAGUUAGAUGCCUGCCUUGCACUUUCUAGCCAUUGCCAACCACCACGUGACGACGGUGCACCAACCAAUGCAUCCUAGUUCCUUGGGAAUGAAGCACGGAUUGCUUGGAACCUGUUUCCUGGAUGUUUCCCCCAUCUGAGGCAGGCGGAUGGAGUCAGUGAGGAGCGGUGUUUGUCAUGGAGACAGAACCUUACAGAAGGGAUGUGAAUCCCCCUAGCUUGGAGCAGAGUUUGACUUCUCUACCAGAAACAUUGAGUGCUCUGUGUGCUGCUUGGUGAAGACUGCUUCAGCUGCCCUGGUGUCUCUCUGUGUGUGGAGGUGCCCGCUGGGGUCUUCUGCAUGGGUCCAGGUAUGUCUCUGCUCCAUUCGCCUCAGUGUGUUCUCGCAGUGGUGUAGCCCAAACCUGUGACAAACCACCUCAGCCUAACAGCAGUUGGAGGGAGCUGCUUUCAGGUGUCUCCCAGCAGAAGCUGGCCUUGGGGCAGCUGGGCAGGACUUCUUGGUAGCUGCUGAUUGUGGAUCAACCUUGACGUCAAGCUGGUGUUGAAGUGAAUCAAGACCAUAAGAUGA